AUGAUUCAAGUUCUACUCAUGUCUAAAGUAACUUACUGGUUUAUUUGUUUUUUGUUUCAGUGUUGUGCUGUGGCUUUCAUUGAGAACAUCAGUGCAGAAUCUCUUAGUUUGUCUGUAGCGGAAUAUGAACGAUACAUGUCAGGAGAGGCCACUCCGCCAGGUAGUGGAGGAGAACGUAUUUGUGAAGGGCUGCGUUUGAUGCAGCAUAAUCUCAAGAUGCUGUCUCAGCUGAAGCAGCGACAGGAGCGAGUUAUGGCUGAAGCGCUUCAGCUACAACAAGACAUGCUUGACUUCAGAAACAGCUUUAAUCAAGAAAUUGCCCGUAUCCUUGAGCAAGCACCUCUGAAAAUCAGACCUCGUAAAGUCAAGGUUGAUCUCGAUGCUAUGGAAACAGAUGCCACUGCUGCAAAUCUUCCUUCCCCUCUGCAGCCGCAGCCUGCACAGGCAAACGUUGUGGAAGCAACACUAGCAUCAGUGGCUUCUCAUUCCUCAGAGCUGCUGAGUGCAGGCUGUGAGAAUGUUGAGAACUUAGCAGCAGAACCACCACCAGCAGACGCACAACUAGCAAGCUUUCCUUUGCCACAAACCCCUCAACAUGUAGAUGUUGUUGCAUUAGACAGUGGCACAAGCAAAAGAGAACAGCAACCACAGUGGAACUGGCAUUUGUCCCAUCUGCAGGCACCAUAGUACCCAGCAGAGUUGGGAAGGAAAACUUGCAAACAGAAAGACUGGAAGGAGAAAUAGAAGUCAUGGAACAGGUCCAACUACCUCCACCAGAGAGAAGGGAGCCCUGAUAAAAAAAAAAAAAUUUCUAAGAACAGCUUGGCUACUGUUAUAGUUUGUAUAAAAAUGAGGAGAUGGCUGUGGGUGGAGUCUUCAUGCUUGAUGCUUGUAGAUGCAAUCUUCAUGCUGAUGCUGAAAGGCUGUUUUGUGAUGAAACACUCAGCCACUCGUGAAUGUCUUUCAGACUGGUCAGGCUUUAAAGCUAACCUGUCAAAGCCAGCAUCUACAAUUUUACAUCGUUAUGAACAUCCUGUCUCAAUAGAAGCGUGGGUCUUAGAGUAUAAUUAACUCUUCCUAUACAGUUUGAACCCACAAAUGUGAACAUCUUCAUAGCUACACCACAGUUGUGUCGAUAUAUCCAUAUUGAAUGAGAGUAAACUGCAAGGCUGUACACAGAUCUGCUAGCUGACUCUGUCAACAGCAUUGUAUUUUGCUUGAUCUUUAAGGAAACCAAGAUAGAGUUGGCACUGAAGUAUGAGGCAAGGAGGCCUGACAGAUUACAGUUUACAUUUCUUGUUGGAGAUAAACUUGCAUAAGUGGUGUGGAGUUUAAUGUGAACAGAAGACUCAGCAUUUGUUUUAUUUGACUGUGGAAUAAAUGGAAGUGAAUACCUGAAAAGUAUAAUAGAAGUAUUUAAAGAAUGACUUGACUUAGUUCAUGAUUGUAGAAUUGGCUUAGAGUUGAUCUUGGUAUUUAGCAUUUUGUAAAGACUGGUUUUGGGCACAGAUUUUUCAAGAUGUCUUUAUUUCUGUUUCAUUAUAGAACAUGUUCACAUGCAAUAAAGUGACAUUUAGAUUUAUAUGGAGACAGAAAUAGUCAAAUAUAAAAAAAAUUCAGUAACUGAUACAGUUAAUAAAUUGAUCUUUGCAAGAACUUAUUCUGUUUAGGGUGGUGAGAGAAAGAAAGAUUGAAAAAGGGAGAUGUGUACAUGCUUAUGGAGGAGCUAAUAUGUAUGAUUGUAUGCCUGCAUGAUGUUGUAUAAGAUCUGUUUUGGUUGCUUCUUGCUAAAUAUAGAUGUGUUCUUCUGAUGGUACUUAUUUCUGCAUAACAGACUUUCCUGCUUCCAAGCAAAAGAACAAAGUUUGAAAAUUAUGCUCAUAAAUUUAUUGAAUUUUAGGCUGUUGAAAAAAAGAUGGCUGUUACCAAUUUGUUGGGACUGUACUAACAUUUGUGAAAACAAGAGAAACGUAAAAGUAAAGAUUUAAAUAAAACUUGUGGGCUGUUAAUUACUGAGCCUGGUAUUUGUGGAAUUCACAAAGAAAAUUUUCACGGAAAUAUUACUUGUUGAGAAUAUGUAAAAAUAUGUUCAAGGAUAUAGCAAGGAAUUUUUUUUGUAGAGUAUGCAAUUAAAUGUGUAAAAACGGUGUUUAAUACUUUUAUAGAUAUUUGCAUGUUUUUGACAAAUAAAAUUUUUGAUUGGCAGUGCAAGAUACAGCUAGGUCACAAAGCUGUAAAAAAAAUUGUUCACAAAGGUGCCAUGGUUUUUUGUUUUUGUAUCUUGCCAGUUUUUCAAAACUAAAUAUUAACAAUUUUGUAUUUCAAAAGCUUUGGCUUGAAACACCACUUUUUGAGGUUUGUUAUGUGUAUUGCUGUCCAUCAGAAGUACAAGGGCAGAUAAUUCAAAUGUGAUCAGUUUGUGGCUGUAGUGGUCUGCUUUCUUGCAGCUGGAAUAUAAGAGCAAGUGAGUGUUCAAAAUAUUUAUUAGAAUGCUGAUGACUUGGAAGAUGUUUUAUUAUAGUGUAAGUGUUGGUUGAAAGUGAGCCAGCAACUAUUGAGUCUACCUUGUAACAUUACUGAAGUCAGCAAAUGUGUAUUACAACAGAUAUUUGUUCUUAUUAAUUUUAACAAAAUAAUUGUGACAAAUCUCACAAUAAUAAAAAAAUGUGGUCUUUACUGAAAGGUAAAUAGAGCUUGUGAUAGACUGCUUUGACCUAAUGCCUAUUAACUUAAACACCAGCUAUAAGACAUUCUCUUUUCUCAAGAUGUCCUGUACAUGUUUAAUUUUUUUCAAUCUAAAGAGGUUUCCCUUUUUUUUCUUCUUCAUAGGUUGUAGCUGAUAAACUGCCUCCUGUGAUUGACUCUCCUCCACCCCCUCACCCCCCACUUUUUAUGUUUUCAUAUAAAAGAGAAGAUGGAUUUAUUUGUGUGUUGUCUGAUAUUUUGUUUUAUUAUUUAUUUUUGUUGGUAGCGAUUUUUUUGGCUGCAAUAAUUAACUGAUGGACCAUUAGUGGCUUUUUGUGGUAACGUGCAUGUGAGAGUUGGUGAGUAAUAAAUAAUCAUUUAGGUACUGCAACUUUAUCAGAUUUGAGUUUCAGGAUGGGGUUGUUCAUUGUUUUUAGAGAGCGUAAAUUUUAAGCCUUUGCAUAUAUGUGUGUGUGUCUGUAAAUGUGUUUGUGUGAAUACGCUUAGAGUUGUGCUUGUGUAAAUAUGCUUAAGCAAGCAUAAAGGUUAAGAUUAAGUGCAAAAAAAAAAAAUGAAGAAAAAUUGAAUAAUGCAUUUUAAGUAGACUUUGUAAAAUCUGUCAUAUAGCAGAUGCACAGAACUGAUGGAAUUAAGCCAAAAUUCAGUGUCGUGACAUCAAUCGUUGCAUUUUACAUGCAUGUAGGGAUCUGUAUUAUGGAGACAGAUUUCAAAGUGUGGAAAAGAUAUCUUCAUGAAAUAUCCAGGGAAAGCCAGCUUGUGUUUCUACUUUGAAAUAUGUGUUUGUGUUUUAGAAUCUAGGAGUCAUGGAAUGUUUCAUAAAAAGCACUGUCAUCUGGUGCUUCCUUAUUUAUAUGAGCGUUAAUGUUUCUGACUGAUCAGAACUUGGGUUACCUGAUAUUUGGUAAUUUUGCUGGUUUGGGUUUGUUUCUUCAUAACAAUUGUCAUUUGGGAAAUAAACAUUUACAAAAAUACCAAA